CUAGAACAGCCAGUCCUCCUGUGGGCAGGAACGAUAAUCGAGCUAAGAUCGAGUUUUGUGUGGAAGAGAAACGCUGUCAAAAUGCCUCUCGGUCGGUUGUUGUUGCGGACUUCUACUGUCAAUAAAAUUGUCAGCAGAAAUGCCUUUAGAGCCACCAAACCUGAUGUCUCCAAGCCGAACAUGCUGAGAGUCGGACUGGCAUUUGGGAGCACAGUUUUCUUAUGGGCACUGCUGUUCAAACAACACAGCACGGAUGUGCAGGAGUACAAAAGAAGGAAUGGAUUAGAGUAAUUCAUAAGGCCAUGCCACUGAUUGCUCUGUGCUUUGUGGAUCACAUGUUAUUCCUGCUAAUGUGUUUCUCUGCCAUUAAAUGAUGUACAAUAAUGUUUAAUAAAGAUGUGUAUAUAUAA